CCUCUGGCUUUGCAGUGCUGCAACCUGGCGCUGCAGGAGAACACCAAGGACCCCCUGAGCUUCAAAAUCUCGGACCUCUCCAUUCCUAAACAGCAGCACACGAUCCAGGUGAAGAAUCAGGAAGAGAAGCGACUUUGGAUUCAUUACCUGAAACGUUUGAUUGUGGAAAAUCACCCGGCAUCCAUUCCCCAGAAGGCCAAGCAAGUCCUCCUGGAGAACAGCUUCCAGGGAUCCCCAGACGGGGUCUUCAGCCCCGAGACCCCCAAGAGGCCCCUGCCUUCUCCUCCGCUGGACGAGCCCAGGGCCAGCCUGCGUGGCCGCCGGCAGUCAGAGCCUCCGGAGUCCAUGUACAGCCCCGAGAGAAUCCGGCGGAGCUGCCCCAUUUUACAGCUGGAGAAAAGCGGCUCUUAUCGCCGAGGCCGCCGGCAGUCAG